AUGGAGCAACCCUCGUCUUCAGCCAUGGAGCUCAAGGAAAACACCACAAUCGUCGUCCUCGGCGCCUCCGGCGACCUGGCGAAGAAGAAGACAUACCCCGCCCUCUUCGGUCUUUACCGGAACCAAUUUCUUCCCAAGGAUGUCCGCAUCGUUGGCUAUGCGCGCACGAAGAUGGACCACGAGGAGUACCUCCGCCGAAUCAAGUCAUACAUGAAGACACCCACCAAGGAAAUUGAGCAGCAGCUCGAGGACUUCUGCAAGAUCUGCUCGUAUGUCUCUGGCCAGUACGAUAAGGAUGAGUCUUUUGAGGCUCUCACCAAGCACAUGGAGGAGCUCGAGAAGGGUCGUCCCGAGCACAACCGUCUCUUCUACAUGGCCCUCCCGCCUUCCGUCUUCACAAUCGUCUCCCAACAUCUCAAGAAGUGCUGCUACCCUAGCAAAGGCAUUGCUCGCGUUGUCGUUGAGAAGCCUUUCGGCAAGGACCUGGCCAGCUCCCGCGAGCUGCAAAAGUCCCUCGAGCCUGACUGGAAAGAGGAGGAGAUCUACCGAAUUGACCACUACCUGGGCAAAGAGAUGGUCAAGAAUAUCCUGAUCAUGCGCUUUGGGAACUCUUUCCUCGGCGCCACCUGGAAUCGCCAUCACAUCGACAAUGUUCAGAUUACCUUCAAGGAGCCCUUUGGCACCGAGGGCCGUGGCGGCUACUUUGACGAGUUUGGCAUUGUUCGUGACGUCAUGCAGAAUCACUUGCUGCAGGUCCUGACCCUCUUGGCCAUGGAGCGCCCCGUCUCUUUCGACUCUGAGGACAUUCGUGACGAAAAGGUGCGCGUUCUGCGCGCCAUUCCCGCCCUCGAGCCCAAGAAUGUUAUCAUUGGCCAAUAUGGACGUUCGCUGGAUGGCAGCAAGCCCGCCUACAAGGAGGAUGACACUGUUCCCCAGGACUCGCGCUGCCCUACUUUCUGCGCCCUCGUCGCCUACAUUAAGAAUGAGCGAUGGGAUGGCGUGCCCUUCAUCAUGAAGGCUGGCAAGGCCCUCAACGAGCAAAAGACUGAGAUCCGUAUCCAAUUCAAGGACGUCACCUCUGGCAUCUUCAAGGACAUUCCUCGCAACGAGCUGGUUAUGCGCAUUCAGCCCAACGAGAGUGUCUACAUUAAGAUGAACUCGAAGCUUCCUGGCCUCAGCAUGCAGACUGUUGUUACUGAACUCGACCUCACCUACCGCCGCCGUUUCUCUGACCUCAAAAUUCCCGAGGCCUAUGAGUCGCUGGUCCUUGACUGCCUCAAGGGCGACCAUUCUAACUUUGUCCGUGACGACGAGCUCGAUGCCAGCUGGCGCAUCUUCACUCCUCUUCUUCACUACCUCGAUGACAACAAAGAGAUUAUUCCCAUGGAGUACCCCUACGGCUCGCGCGGUCCGGCUGUGCUCGACGACUUUACGGCUUCAUACGGAUACAAAUUUAGCGAUGCUGCCGGCUACCAGUGGCCGACAACAUCUGCUGUGCCCAGCAACAACAACAGCGGCAACAACAAGUUUUGA